GUGAAUCUAGAUCUAGAUAAUCUAUCUCUAGAUAUAAUCUAGAUUUACACAUAUUUAGAUAUAUGGCUGAUGGAAGUGGCUGGUAAUAUGAGAACCGCCGCGCUUCCCGCCACUGGUCACUUCGCUACGCAACCGUGUUACUGGUCGGACGCGAUUUUUACUUCUCUUGAACUACGUGAAUUAACCACUUAUUAUCGCUAUUGUGUUCAAUGAUAUUGUGGUGAUUUUCUAUUUGUACAGGAUUUAUCCACAUUGAAGAACAGGUUUGGCAAGUAUUGUAAUAUUGUCCACAUCCUUUAAUUUACUAGAAGUAUUGUUUACUUAUAGGCCGUUUUUUGCCAUAUAAAUAAAUUAUAAACGCUCUCGGAGCUCCCCACUCAACAACCCUCGGGAUACAUCAUAUUGCAAGCGCAACGCGCCAACCCUCGGGGUAAUAACAGCAAAAACAGCCAUCGUGGCAAGACUAUUGCCCGCUUAACUUGGGUCUAGCCCUCCGGGCUUGCUGAAAACGGAGGAUCUCGAAGAGGUCAUCCCGUCAGCAGAUUCUUCCACUCAGUACUCAGAUUGUGGGGUAGAUAAAUAUAUAUAUUGAUUGACCCUCGGGGAUUAACAGAUUAAAUUGAUGCUGUUGAGAGCCCUCCGGGCACAUUUCACUUUAAAAGAUACCCUCGGGGAAUAAAAAGAAUAAAACAAAUCUGUAGAGAGCCCCCCGGGACAUAUUUCACUUUUAAAAAUACCCUCGGGGAAUAAAAAGGAUACAACACAACUAUUGACAGCCCUCUGGGCAUUUUUCACUUAAAAAUACCCUCGGGGGAAAAAUUUUAUUUAUAUUUUAGAUUCGUUUGACCCACAAAUCAGACAUGAGUGGUAGCGACAGAGUGUCGGGGGAAAACGACACACUAUCCGUGCAUGCUCCUUCCGAUGGAGACACACGGGAUCCCGAUGUGGCACAAGCUCUCCGCGACAACAAAGUCACGAUGGAGAGGAUUUUGAAGAGUCUUGAGGCCUUUAAUGACAGAGGAAUGAAACAAAAAUGGUCGCCGUCCUCUUCUUCUUCUUCAUCCUCGUCAUCACCAUCAUCGGAUUCAUCCCGCCAAAACUCGCGUUCUCCUUCCCCGCAACCAAACCCACCCAAACGAAAAGGAAAAGGGUUAAAACAAGUCAAGGUGCCUAGAAAGAGCGAACGAGACCGCUCCCCUUCCUCUGACUCGACCACCGCUACGCUGGAGGCGAGAUUGUUAUCUCGUCACGGGGACCUUAGGAAGCCGUCGCGGCAGUCUCCGACUCCCACGCAGACCCCGAGUGCCAGCAGCUCGAAUCAACGGGAAAGUGAGGAAAUCCGAAACUCGAUAUUUAAUGUAGCUGGUCAAGAAUUUGAAGAGGACGAAGAUACAUCCGGUCCGGUCAGUGAAGAGUUAGCGGAAUUUAUCCAUAAAAUUUUUUCUAAGACAGGAAAAGGGGAAAAGCUGAGAGAAAAGGCCAAGCUUUACAGCCGGCCGGAUAAUUGCCCUGGCCUUGGCACUCCUCUCACUAACCCAGAAAUAUGGGCUGUGUUAAAAGGGUCAGCCAAACGAAUUGACACAAAACUGACCGCCAUUCAGAAUCUUGUUGGGAAGAGCGCAGUUGCUGUUGCGCAAUGUGCUGAUGAACUAGCGAAGUCGGACCCUGCUCUGACAAAACGCCUUAUCGAUGCGUUGGCUCUGUUGGGACACGCGCAUAAGUGUCUGACCCUACAAAGAAAGGACAGGCAAAAAUAUGCACUGCCAUCGGACAUCAGAGCGAUUUGUGAUCCCUCGGUGGAAGAGAACGCAGAGACCUCAAAGUUUUUGUACGGCGAUGAUGUGAAAAAGGCCUUGAAAGAGGCAAAAGAGAGCAAGCGCUUAACUUCCAGUCUGAAGGCUGACUACACGCCAUACAGCUUCAAGCGCAGAUCCGCAAAUAAUUUUAACAAACCUGGGAGGCCUUUUUUAGACCACAGAGGCUACAGCCAAUUCCCGAAGUGGAAGAGUCAAGGGCCAGCACACAAGCGGGGCCACAACUCCCAGUACAGGAGAAGAAAACAACUGCCUCCUCAGUAAAAGUAAGAGAAGCUCUAUUAACAGAGUUUGACUUAGACACACUCUGCCAUACACCAGAAAUAUUUGAAGCAGGGCAGCUAGCACAUUGUUCAAAUGAGUGGUUAGAAAUUACAUCUGAUUUGGAAAUCCUUAAGAUGAUAAAAGGCACCUACAUCGUAUUUGAGGACAUCGUUCCUACAAAAUCAGGCAAAGACUCGGUCUACGCCAUAGACAAAGGAGACAUAAAUGCUAUUGAUCAGGAAAUUGAAAAGCUGUUGUCUCAGAAAGUGAUUGUUAAAUCAAAUUAUGAAGUGGGAGAAUUUAUCUCAGAAAUAUUCACUAGAAAGAAACAGGACAAUUCUAUAAGAUUGAUCCUAAAUCUAAAAAAUCUAAACAAAAAUGUCCACUACGAAAAGUUCAAAAUGGAAACUUUUAAGGCUGCCCUCGCUUUAAUUACUCCAUUCUGUUGGAUGGCAAGUGUAGAUAUGGCCUCUGCCUACUACCAUGUUCCCAUUGCAGAAUCGCACUGGAAAUUCCUAAAAUUCAUAUGGAAGGGCCAAAGAUAUACCUUCACAUGCUACCCUAAUGGGUUGAGUCAAGCACCCAGAAACUUCACAAAAAUAAUGAAACCGUUGUAUGCAUACCUUCAUGGGUUAGGACAUAUCAGCACAGGAUACCUUGACGAUUCCUUUUUAAUUGGUACAACGAAAGAAGAAUGCCUGAAGAACGUCUUAGAUACGGUUCAUCUAUUGGAUUCACUGGGGUUUACGAUACACAGAGAAAAGUCAAUGUUACAACCUACACAAAGAAUCAAAUACUUAGGAUUCGUUGUUGAUUCUGGGUCAAUGAGUGUGUCACUGACACAGGAAAGACAAGAAAAGAUCAAAUAUAUGUGUGGAAAAGUGAUGGGGCAGAAAAAGAACAAAAUAAGAGAAAUAGCAGCUCUGAUUGGAACUUUGAUUUCCACUUUUCCCGCCAUGGAACAUGUACCUCUUUACUAUAGAAACUUAGAAGAAGAUAAGAAAAAGGCACUGAAAAUACAUAGAGGUCAGUGGGAUCAAGAGAUGCGUCUCAGUCAGGCAUCGAAAACAGAAAUUAAUUGGUGGAACUCCCAUAUUGAUAAUGCCACGUCCCCUAUAUCCCAUGGUGACCCGCAACUGAUCAUAACAAGUGAUGCCAGUCUCAAAGGUUGGGGUGCAUUCUGCAAUGGUGUCAAAACAGGUGGUGCGUGGACCGCUCAGGAAUUGAAUUUUUACCAUAUAAAUGAAUUAGAAUUGCUUGGGGCCUUUUUUGCAUUAAAAACAUUCACUAAGGGUGCAGAAUAUAUUCAUGUCAGACUGUUUCUUGACAACACUUCUGCUGUUUCAUGUAUAAACAAGAUGGGCUCUUGCAAGUCAGAAAAACUGAACAGUAUUGCUCAAGAGCUUUGGAUGUGGGGCAUUUAUAAGCAUAUCUGGUUAAGUGCAGCCCACAUUUCUGGAAAACAAAAUAUAGUUGCUGACUCCGAGAGUCGAAAUGUCAAUGUUGACACUGAAUGGAUGCUUAACAAAGCAUUAUUAAGAGAUUCACUCAAAAUCUUGCACUCUGUGCCACAAAUUGAUCUAUUUGCAUCAAGGAUAAACUUCCAGCUGAAACCAUACGUGUCAUAUAAACCAGAUCCUGAUGCUUUUGCCAUAGAUGCAUUUAGCAUAAACUGGGGAAAGAAAUGUUUUCUAGCUUUUCCGCCAUUUUCUCUGAUUACCAGGGUUCUCAACAAGAUAAUGGCAGACAAAGCGACGGGCAUUCUCAUAGCUCCAUACUGGCCCACGCAGACGUUUUACCCUGUGCUGAUGAGGAUGUUGAUCAAGAACCCUGUCAUCCUGUCUGCUCGGCAGAAUCUCCUACAUCUUCCGAGCGAUCCUUACAGAGUACAUCCCUUACACAAGAGACUGAGGUUAUUGGUAUGCAAAGUGUCCGGAAUGCCUACAAAAGCAGAGGCCUUUCUGAAUCAGCAACCAAGCUCCUUAUGGCAUCUUGGAGAUCAGAAACUAAAAAGACGUAUGAACAAUAUAUUGUUCAGUGGCAAAGGUUCGCUUGUAAGAACCAUGUGGAUCCGGUUUCACCGCCUGUGAACGUUGCCAUAAAUUUUUUAGCCAGGCAAUACGACCAGGGUUUAUCCUAUUCCUCUUUGUGUAUAGCUCGCUCUGCUUUAUCCUGCUGCUUGAAUACUCAUGAUCAUACCACAUUUGGUAAUCUUCCUACUGUCAAACGAUUUAUGAAUGGAGUGUUUAGAGAAAGGCCUAGUUUGCCUAGAUCCUCAAAACAUAUUACUUGGGACCCCAAACAAGUCCUUAAUGUCCUGGAAACAUGGGUUCCAAAUGAUUCUCUUUCCCUUUUAAAAGGAACUUACUUAUAAACUGGUAAUGCUAUUAGCUUUACUUACAGGACAGAGAUGUCAAACAAUUCACAAACUCAGCACUCACAAUAUGAAAAUGACAGACGAGAAAUGUAUAUUUAUUAUGGAUACCUUGUUAAAACACUCCAGAAAAGGGAAUCAUUUACAGCCGAUCGAAUUAGCUCAUUUCCCUCAAAAUAAAAACAUUUGUAUCAUAGAAGUCCUGAAAGAAUACCUUUCAAGAACUAGAGAGCACCGUGUACAGCAUCAAACAACACAGCUGCUGUUGAGUUUUCAGAGCCCAUUUAAGCCAGUCAGUAGAGACACCAUUGCAAGGUGGAUAAAAGCAAUAUUAGAGCCAUCAGGCAUUGACAUUUCUGUUUACACUGCUCACAGCACUCGGGCUGCUAGCACGUCUGCAGCCUCACGAUGUGGACUGCCAGUGUAUGACAUAAUGAAGGCAGCUGGAUGGUCCCAAGAGGACACAUUUGCUAAGUUUUACAAGAAGCUAACUACCUGUAAUUUUGGACAAGCAUUGUUAAGUGCUUAUUGGAAAGCUAAAUAAAUGUGCUGAACCAAA